GCCCUCUUAUCGAUCAGAUGAGAAUACACGACUGUAUAAACACCGAUGACUUAUAUCACCGAGUGUGGAGAUAAGAGACCAUCAUUUAUCUCGACGUUACUGGACUGUACAGACGGAACCAUGAAAUUUCUUUUUGCGUUCAUCUUGGCCUUGGCGAUUGUUUCGGUGAUAUUCGCCAGAACUGAGGAAGAGGCCUGUCCCGCCGGUAGAUGUGUCUCAGAGAACAAGGCUUUGAAAUGUGUAGCGAGAUGGUCCUGUCAGCCAAAAGAAAGAUGUGGUGACCAAGGGACCUGGAUUGGUGGGUGUGUCCCCGACCACACUGCCGCAAAUACAUGUAAGCUGCCUCUGGAGACUGGUCAGUGCAGGGCAGGCUUCCGUGUGUGGGGCUUCAACAGUAAGCAGGGCCAGUGUGAGCAAUUUACAUACGGAGGAUGCCAAGGAAAUGGAAACCGUUUCGAAAGCAAAACAGAAUGCGAGGGCAGGUGUCUGAUGGCAUAAAUAAGCCAGUAUUCUGGCAUCAUUUUGGUCCUGCAUUGAGUUCUGAGACGUAGCCAUAAUUGUAAAACUCGUACUUGAAUAAACUUGAACCGUCUCCAACCA